UACUGGAGGUCGUGAAGCUGUGAUUCUCUUUCUUCUUCUUUCUCUUCAAGUUGAGCACAGAAAUAUUGCGAGAAAUAUCCUUCUUCUUUCUUCGGCAUGAUCCCUGAUUCAACGAAUGUACGUAGCUGCAUGAGGUUAUUCUCUUAACUUAUAUGCGCAGAAGUGACUAAUUUAAGCAGAGUCUUAAGUUUGUGUUCGGCCCUUUCAGUGAGGACUAAAUCAGCGCCAAUGCAUCAAUUCGGGCGAGUGGAUGCGAUAUAGCAUGCAUGCACCGGGAUCCGUGCUUUUUGGACUCGAGUUCUGGAAUUCGACCUAAAGGCCCAUCGGGUACCAGAAGUAACGUCGAAGCUUACACUUAAUAUAAACACAUUUUGAUACUAUUUUGGGAAUCAAAUUUGAUUUGGAUCUUGAGCUGUGGAGACAUUUUCCAUGAUGAUUGACCGGUGGCUGACGUCGCGUACACAGUUCAAGUUCUACUCCCUGGGACUAAUGAAUGGGGUUCUUUUUGUUUAUUCUCUGUCACAGCUUGGACACGUUGUCCGUAUGAAGGAGCGCAUUCAGACCAAGAGCUUCAUACCCGGAGUCCCGAGCAACAGUCAAACCCACCCCAUCCCCAUUUUUGCAGCAUUAAUGCAAAAUGUAAGUUAUUACGUGACUCCUGAGACAGCAGAUGGAGUGGUUAUCAGACAGGAACGUUACACACGUCCCACUACUGCCCAAUUACAUGCAAACAGAAAAAUUGAUGAAGAAAAACCUGGUUAUUUGAACGAACCGACAGAUGCACAUGACUACAACUAUAUCCAUAACCCAUCAAAUACUUGCUUUAAAAAGGAUGGAAGGAAGCUGGACGUCAUUGUGCUUUUCUUUUCUCCAACAGCACCUUAUCAUUUUAGUAGACGGCAGGCGAUUCGAGCAACUUACGGUAACUCGAGCCAGUGGAUCUCUUCGGGGCGAAAGGGAGCGAUGCUAACAGUGUUCCUGCUUGGGGCCACAUCAAACGCCACUCUGCAACGUGAAAUUGAUUCAGAGGCCACUCGCUAUGGAGACAUUGUCCAGGAGGACUUUGUUGAUAGCUACCAGAACCUGACGCGCAAGACAGUGAUGGGCUUGAAAUGGGUGACCAAUUACUGCAGGCAUGCUCAAUACGCCAUGAAGAUCGAUGAUGACACCAUGAUGAACCAACGCCGCUUUCGCGACGGCGUGCUCGAAAAGGCACCUUUGACCAACUACACCGCCGGGAAGGCCUUGGUGGGGACAAAUUCAGUGCGGAAAAAAGAAAGUAAAUUCUACUUGUCCGAAGAGUACUAUCCUUCUCCCACCUUCCCACCCUACAUGGACGGACCAGCCUAUCUCUUGUCUACGGACUUGAUAGAGAAGGUCUACAAAACCGCUUUGACCACGCCCAUUUUUAAGUGGGAAGAUGCUUUCCUCGGGAUGUGCAUGCAGAAGGCUGGAGUUCAAAUUCGAGGAAUUGAGCAAUUUCUGUUGUUCAGGUUAAGAUACAAGACAAACGAACGCCGAGAGCAUACAGUGAAUAUGUAUACUUUCAUAUCAAACUUAAGCGCCGCCGAAAUGAAAUGGAUGUGGAACAUAGGGCAUAUCUAGGAGGAGACGAUAAACUUGCAUCAUCAGUUUAACAUAUGAUCAAAAUCCUUAUAACCAGGGAGAGUUUCACAAAGAUCCGAAGUUGAACUUAUCUCCAAGUUGGACUCAACAGUUAUAGAAAGCCGAUAGCAUCUAUGAAAAUAUUUUGCACUAGUUAUUUUAAAAGGCAUAAAAAUGUUGAUUCAAAUCUUUCGUAUGUUCUAUUAACAAGGACAUUUCAUGUUCUUGAUGUGGAAUUAAUAAACAACUCUAAAAUACUUGAAUUUUCGUUUUUAAAUAUAUUUUUUAAAGGCUACAAAAGUAAUGGCUCUCCAUAAUUUUCAAGUCCAACUUAGAGUUAAGUUCGACUUAGGAUCUUUGUAAAACACCCCCUUGUCAGUUUCAUGUGAAGGCACGAAAAGACGAGUCCGGAACACAAAAAUGCAUAACAGUUAGUGAUGUUUGUCCACUAAAACAUUUUUUGGACAUAUCUGAUCGAAAGUUUAGCUUACAUGAAGCCUCAUCGAAAUGGUAUAUGCAUUUUAUCAGCUCCAUAUCCUAACGAUGUGGUUCUAUGUCUCUGUGAUGACUUUUUAAAUUUCAACAAUAAUGCAUUUUACGUUCUGGAUGCGUCUUUUCACCAAGCUACUUAAAAAAUAUAUCUUUGAUAUCCAUGUCAGUA